CACACACCAAUAUAAGCAAAUAGCAGGUGAACCUACUGACCUUGUUCUGCAGCGCUGCCUGUCGAGCUUCAGGACCACAAACCACAUUCCUGCAGUCAUGAGGCAGAGCUGAUCUGAGUCACACGCUAAGAGAGGGAAACUGAGAGAAGCAGUGACACAUCGAAGCGUGAAAGCAACAUACGCCACAGAGUGCGGCGAAACUGCUGCUUUCAACAUGUAUUUUCUCUGGAAACAAGGUCUGGAGUAGAAAAACCAAAGGGAUACGACCAUGGCAGCUCUGUUGAUAGGAUGGAGGUUCAUCUGAAGUGCAGGACACGGUGACCUUUGAGAUGAUGGAGGACAGAAAUGGAGUUUGCCACCUGAUGGAGGAGAGCGAGGUGGACGUUCAGACGGGACAAACUCAGCCACAGACCAGCAGCAGUAAAGGGAACUGGUCCAAUGGUCAGUGUGUCGUGUCGAUACCGAGCUUUUCGUCGCUGAACCCCAGCUUUGAUUUGUCUCUGUGUCGCGCCAAACUGGAGAGAGAUGGCUUUCAGAUUCCAGUUAAAGACAUGGAGGCGCCACUGAAAGCGGCUCUGGAUGUCCCUUCAGUGAGGAGAUACAUGGUCUUCAACUCAGCCCUCUUCCAUUUUAUCAUGGCGCCAGUUCUGUACGUGGUCGUCUGGUGUGCCGUCUUCUCCACCCUCCACCUCUACAUCACCGUCAGCGACUACUGGGUCCUCUGUCUGUCCGUCAGCCUCAUCUCCAUCGUCCUCACCACCGCCGUUAUCUUCAUCCUGCACCACAGCAACAAGCAGAUCAACAUGAACUUAGACGUCCGGUUGAUCCAGGUGAACGAGAGGAUGGUGAAGCACAAGCUGCUGGUGGGUGUAGCCGACUGGGUGCACAACUGUACCGGAAACAUGCAGCUGUACUUCCUGUACUGGGACAUGUCUCGCUGCCUGAGGACGCUGACUGAAACUUUAGAGGGACACAGCUUCAUGACCACCGACACUCAGAGCAAACUGAAGAGCAGAAUGUCUCAUCUGGUCCUGGUGGCCGACGUCCCGGCCGUCGACCCCGAGGCCGAGGGGUCAGACGUGGAGCAGCAGUCGGAAGAACAGAGGCCUCUGCUGGGGAACGAGGACGGAGGCUGCAGUACUUCACCUGGCCGGCGGGGCGCUAGAGUCACAUCCAGCUUCAGCCUCGUCCCUGAUGCUUCUCUACCUGCUCAGGCUAAAGCCUACCAGCUGCUGAUGACCUACAGCGCAGCGUACGUGAAGCUGCUGGUGUCUGAGAGGCUUUCAGGAACAUCAAACCUUCGACCUCGUAGGAACCACUGCAGCACCGCCACCCUCUGCCUCUGUCAGUUCAUCAGGAAGAAGGUCCUCCAGUAGCAGAGGCGGCCUGUGGACUAAACACGUCUGACUUUUGAACACGUGGAAGCCGGUUUCUCUGGACGUUUUGACUUAACAAAGGACUCGUUUGGAGCUCUCUUUCCCUCUCCGGCCUGUGAGCUGCUGUAGCUUCGGGUUUGCUCCACCUGGAUGUUUGCUCAUUUGCACUCUGCCAAACGCUGAAAACACGCCGCUGUGAAACAAUAUUUGUACUCUUGUAUACACGACAAUCACAGCUAUAGUAACCGCUCACUGCUGUUUAACUUAUUUGUAGGAACGACACGAAUAGAUUACUGCAGUUUGCAGUCGAUUCAACAGGAAACGUGCUGAACUGAAGGACUACUCUUCGUGUCUCACUUUACUGUUUUGUUCCACUACAUUUCACAGGGAAACAUUAAAAUCGUACUGUAGUAUUCGAGCGCUGUAACUUUUCAGAUCAGUAUUUCUCUGUACAUAAAAGCAGGUUUGCUUAUAAAAUAUGAUGCAUUAUUAAAGAAAUCCCGCUGAAAGUUC